UUCCUUCUGUCCUUCCUUCCUUCCUUCCUUCCUUCCUUCCUUCCUUCCUUCUUUCCUUCUGUCCUUCCUUCCUUCCUUCUUUCCUUCCUUCUGUCCUUCCUUCUUUUCCUUCCUUCUGUCCUUCCUUCUUUCCUUCCUUCCUUCUUUCCUUCCUUCUGUCCUUCCUUCUUUCCUUCCUUCUGUCCUUCCUUCUUUCCUUCAUUCUGUCCUUCCUUCCUUCUGUUCUUCCUUCCUCUGUCCUUCCUUUCUUCUGUCCUUCCUUCCUUCUUUCCUUCCUUCUGUCCUUCCUCCCUUCCUUCCUUCUGUCCUUCCUCCCUCCCUCCUUCCCUUCCUUCCUUCUGUUCUCCCUCCCUCCUUCCCUCUGUCCUUCCUUCCUUCCUUCCUUCCUUCCUUCCUUCCUUUCUUCUUUCUUCCCUUUGUUACAGGCUGACAGGACUCUGGACCUCUUCUCUCCAUCUCAGAUCUGCAUCACCAGGCCCCACUAAGGUUCCUCUCAAGGAUUAGCCUCAUCAGGUCGAAGUCUCAGACAGCCACAUAAUCUGUUCUUAAAUCCCUUCCCCAUAAUCUGAGACUUGUGGUGGUCAUGGACAACAGAGACCCACCUCACAGAGGGUGAAGCCAUAGGCCCCAAGUUCUGAACACUCUCAGGAUAAAUGGCUUUCAGACCCGGCUGAAUCUUCUGACUCUUCUUCUGUCACUGUUACUCUUGCUUUUCUUUCCCCUUUCCUCUCGCCCAGGCCCCACAGUAGCCUGGGUGACAUACUUAUGUCUGAAGCAGUCACGGGCCAGGAGGUUGUGUUCUCCGAUUGGCUUGACAUAAAUCAGCAAGGGGGCAACGCAGGCAUUGCGGCCGCAUACUCCGCUCAGAAGCUGGGCAUCCCCGUCACCAUCGUGCUCCCAGAGAGCACCUCCAAGCAGGUGGUGAGGCGGCUGGAGGGAGAGGGGGCCGAGGUCCAGCUGACUGGGAAGGUCUGGGAUGAAGCCAAUGUAAGGGCACAAGAACUGGCCACCAGGGACGGCUGGGUGAACGUCUCCCCGUUUGACCAUCCCCUGAUAUGGGAAGGCAAUGCCAGCCUAGUGCGGGAGCUCAAGGAGUCCCUGAGGACGCCUCCAGGUGCCGUGGUGCUGGCCGUGGGGGGUGGAGGGCUCCUGGCCGGUGUGGUUGCUGGCUUACUGGAGGUAGGCUGGCAGCAUGUGCCCAUCGUUGCCAUGGAGACCCGGGGGGCACACAGUUUCAACGCGGCUUUGCUGGCGGGCAGGCUGGUCACUCUGCCAGACAUCACCAGCGUAGCCAGGAGCCUGGGAGCCAAGACUGUGGCUGCACGGACCUUGGAGUGUGCAAAGGAGUGUGAAGUCCUCUCUGAGGUGGUAGAAGACCGGGAGGCUGUCAGAGCUGUGCAGAGGUUCCUGGACGAUGAGCGCAUGCUGGUGGAGCCUGCCUGCGGUGCUGCCCUGGCUGCUGUCUACUCAGGCAUCCUGGGGAGGCUCCAGACUGAGGGCCGCCUGAGCCCUGCCCUGGAUUCCGUCGUGGUCAUCGUGUGUGGUGGCAACAACAUCAGUAGCCAACAGCUUCAGGAGCUGAAAACACAGCUGAACUGCAGCUGAAGGAUCCCAGGGACCUCGGAGGCUACUGGACACCUUGGUCCUGUCCUCUUCCUUCAGGCAGCCCUCCUGGAUUGCUCCCUGUGGCUCCCUGCAGUCCAAUGAAUAAACCUGCCUGACUGGA